AGAUUUAGAUUUUAUGCGCUUGCUCAUGCUUCACACGUACCUCUGUAUGACGUUUGCACUGUUCAUCCACUAGCUGUAUCCCAGUGUCUCGCUCUUCAUCAUUCACUGUUCCCUUCCACCCUCCCCCUCCUACCUUUAGUUGCUCUCCAGCUCGCCUGCACACUCUGCCCCUUCUGCGCUCCUCUCCCAAGGUCGACUUUGAGCUCUCGAUUGCAAAGAGACAGGAAUAGCAGGUGGACUGCAGAAUGCGGUCGCUGCUCGAUCGGUGUGUGUGUGUGUGUGUGCGUUUAUGAGGAAUGCGAACAUGUCUGAAUGUAUUCCAGUGGAGCUGUGCAGCUCUGUGCACAAGUGAAGCUUCAGCCUUAGAGGAUGUCUGCAGACUGCGGAUGGACGAGCUGCAGAUGCUUUUCACCGGCAUGGCCAGAAAAGCUGCUUAAACUAUCACAGAGGAGAGGGAGCUGCCGCUGCCGCUGCUGCCACUGCUGCGCUGGACUGUGACUGUCCCUGACCUCUUCCUCCCUCCUCCUCUGUCUCCUCUCUUUCACUCGAGCUGAUAUUUGGGAGCUGGAUUAGAGAGGGAACAGGAAGGAAGACACCUUGGGAAUUACCGGGAUCCACUGCAGACAGUCCCGGUUCCACCAUGUCCUUGGCAUUCUGUGGAAACGAGAAUAACUCGAUGGCCUACAACGUGGACGGGGGCGUUCUGAACAACGGCUGUUUCCUGGAUGCGCUCAAUGUGGUCCCACAUGUUUUUGUCCUCUUCAUCACCUUCCCCAUCCUCUUCAUCGGUUGGGGCAGCCAGAGUUCAAAGGUUCACAUCCACCACAGCACCUGGCUUCACUUUCCUGGACACAACCUGCGCUGGCUCCUCACCUUCAUCCUGCUCUUCAUCCUCGUCUGUGAGAUUGCAGAGGGCAUUGUCUCAGAUGGGUUCAGUCAGUCUCUCCAUCUCCACCUGUACAUGCCUGCAGCUCUGGCCUUCAUGGCUGGCAUCACCUCUAUUGUCUACUAUCAUAACAUUGAGACCUCUAACUUUCCCAAACUACUGUUAGCCCUGCUGAUCUACUGGGUGCUGGCCUUCAUCAUGAAGACCAUCAAGUUUGCCAAGUACACCGAGCAUGGCAUCGGCCCCAGGCAGCUACGGUACUGCAUCACAGGACUGCUGGUGCUGCUGUAUGGACUCCUACUAACUGUAGAGAUCAACGUCAUCCUCGGCAGGCGCUACAUGUGUUUCGCCAAUCCAACAGAGGUGAAGCCUCCCGAAGACCUUCAGGACCUCGGCGUUCGCUUCCUGCAGCCCUUCGUUAACUUGUUGUCCAAAGCCACCUACUGGUGGAUGAACACCUUCAUUACCUCUGCUCACAAACGACCCAUCGACCUCAAGGUCAUUGGCAAACUGCCCAUAGCAAUGAGAGCACUCACAAACUAUAUAAAGCUUCGCAAGGCCUUUGAAGACCAAAAGAGGCCUCAGGGCAUAGCACCGCAAGGUCCAAAGUGGAUCUGGCAAGCCCUGAGAAAAGCAUUCGGCAGACCUCUCAUCCUCAGCAUCACGUUCCGCUUCCUGGCUGACCUGCUGGGCUUUGCCGGUCCUCUCUGCAUCUCUGGCAUAGUCCACCACAUCAGCAAAGACAAUCGCACCAUUCAGCCACCGAUAAAGCUGCUUGGGAUCUAUUUCAUUUCCUCCAAGGAGUUUCUGGAGAACGCAUACGUGUUGGCUGUGCUGCUCUUCUUCGCCCUACUCCUGCAGAGGACUUUCCUCCAGGCCUCUUACUAUGUGGCUAUUGAAACAGGCAUCAACCUGCGUGGAGCCAUACAGACAAAAAUCUACAACAAAAUCAUGCGUCUGUGCACCUCCACCAUGUCUAUGGGUGAGCUAACCGUGGGUCAGAUCUGCAACCUUGUUGCCAUCGAUACCAACCAGCUCAUGUGGUUCUUCUUCCUCUGCCCUAACCUGUGGGCCAUGCCAGUACAGAUUGUUGUGGGAGUGAUCCUGCUCUACUACCUCUUGGGAAUCAGUGCCUUGAUUGGAGCGACCGUCAUUGCUGUGUUAGCUCCUGUACAAUACUUUGUGGCCACAAAGCUAUCCCAAACACAGAAAAGCACCCUGGAAUAUUCCAGUGAGCGCCUGAAGAAGACCAACGAACUGCUGCGGGGCAUCAAGCUGCUGAAACUGUAUGCUUGGGAGCGCAUCUUCUGUGACAGUGUGGAGGAGACCAGGGUCAAAGAGCUCACCAGCCUGCAGGCCUUUGCUCUUUACACAUCCAUAUCCAUUUUCAUGAAUGCGGCUAUUCCUAUAGCAGCUGUGUUGACGACAUUUGUGGUUCACGUCCACAUCUCAGAGGACGCUGAUCUGUCACCAGCUGUGGCCUUUGCCUCUCUGUCCCUUUUUCACAUCCUGGUCACACCCCUCUUCCUCCUCUCCAGCGUGGUGCGCUCCACUGUCAAGGCUCUGGUUAGCGUUCAGAAGCUCAGCGAGUUUUUUUCGAGCGAUGAGAUCGGAGACGAGCAGGAGCCCAAAGCAACGUUACCCACUGGCUCCAGCAAUCACAACCAAAAUCGGUACCAGGCUGUGUCAUCCUCUAAACCUUUCCCUUUGUCCUGCUCCUCCUCCUCUUUAUCCCGAUUUUUCCAGCCCCUGAAGGUGGUGAAUCGGAAGCGCCCCUCGCGGGAUGACUGGAACAACUAUGGCUCAGAGGGGAACCACGAAGGCGAUGGACCCUUUCAGGAUGUAGAUCAAGAUAUCUGCAUCAAGAUAUCAAAUGGCUAUUUCACCUGGGUCGAUGGAGCACCAACGCUUUCAAAUGUGGACAUCAAAAUUCCCUUUGGUAAGCUGACGAUGAUUGUGGGCCAAGUGGGUUGUGGAAAAUCCUCUUUGUUACUGGCAGCACUGGGAGAAAUGCAGAGAGUGUCUGGAACUGUCACCUGGAACAGUCUGCCAAACCUGGAGUCUGAAGGGGAUGAAAGUCCCACAGACAAAGACGCAGCAGGCGAAGGAGACAUCAGGAAGAGAGGCCCUGUGGCCUACGCUUCCCAGAAGGCCUGGCUGCUGAACACCACAGUGGUGGAGAACAUCACUUUUGAGAUGCCCAUGAUAAAAUCAAGAUACAAAGCUGUCAUCGAGGCCUGCUCGCUUCAGCCUGACAUUGACAUUCUUCCACAGGGGGACCAGACAGAGAUCGGGGAACGGGGCAUCAUCCUAUCAGGUGGACAGAAACAGCGAAUCAGUGUGGCCAGAGCCAUGUACCAGCAGACCCACGUUGUCUUUCUGGAUGAUCCAUUUUCUGCUUUGGACAUCCACCUGAGUGACCAUCUGAUGCAGGAUGGUAUCCUGAAGCUCCUGAGAGAAGAGAAGAGGACCGUGGUGCUGGUCACACACAAACUGCAAUAUUUACCACAUGCAGAUUGGAUUAUUGCCAUGAAAGAUGGCACCAUCCAGACUGAGGGGACUCUGAAGGACAUCCAAAACUCUGAACCUGAACUCUUUGAGCAGUGGAAAACCCUCAUGAACAGACAGGAUCAGGAGUUUGAGAAGGAAACUGUGGCAGAGAGUAUGACAGACCUAGAGAGAAAAAACCUGCGGAGGGCCAUGUAUUCGAGAGAGGCUGCCAGGACUGAAGAGGAUGAGGAAGAGGAAUCUGUGGAGAGUGAAGAUGAUGACAACCUGUCACAGGUAAUGCGCCAGAGAGCUACCAUCCCCUGGCGCUCCUGCGGCACCUACCUGUCCUCUGCAGGGCUCCUCCUGCUCAGCCUGCUCCUCCUGUCGCAGCUCCUCAAACACUCCCUCAUGGUGGCCAUUGACUACUGGCUGGCCCACUGGACGUCACAUGUCAUCACAGCCAAGAAAGACGCCUCAGUUCACAACUGUACCAUCGUACAGGACUGUGGCUUCAGCCACUCCUGGUAUCUGUCUGUGUUCAGUGUGCUCUGCUGCCUGGGCAUCGUCCUCUGUCUCGCCACCUCCGUGGCUGUGGAGUGGACCGGUCUCAAAGCGGCCAAAGAGCUGCACCACAACCUGCUCAACAAGAUCAUCCUGGCCCCCAUGAGGCUCUUUGAGACCACUCCUCUCGGCAGCAUCCUAAACAGAUUUUCCACUGACACCAACACAAUCGAUCAGCACAUUCCCACCACCCUCGAGUGCCUCUCCCGCUCCACCUUACUAUGCGUGUCCGCUUUGGGUGUCAUCUCCUACGUCACACCCGUUUUCCUCAUCGCCCUUCUGCCGCUGGCCGUCACCUGCUACUUUAUUCAGAAAUACUUCCGGAUGGCUUCCAGGGACCUGCAGCAGUUGGAGGACAGCACACAACUCCCUUUACUCUCCCACUUCUCUGAGACAGUUGAAGGUCUCACCACUAUACGAGCCCUCAGGUAUGAGCCCAGGUUCAGACAGAGGUUACUACAGUUCACCGAUGCCAACAACAUCGCCUCUCUCUUCCUCACAGCAGCCAACCGUUGGCUGGAGGUCCGCAUGGAGUACAUCGGAGCCUGUGUGGUGUUGGUGGCGGCGGUAGCCUCCAUCACCAAUUCGCUCUACAACCAGCUGUCCCCCGGGCUGGUGGGGCUCGGUCUGACAUACGCACUCAUGGUGUCCAACUACAUGAACUGGAUGGUGCGUAACUUGGCAGACAUGGAAGUACAGCUUGGCUCAGUCAAGAGGAUUAACGGCCUGCUCAAAACUGAACCCGAGAAUUACGAGGGACUGCUCACUGUGUCUCAGGUUCCUGACGGCUGGCCCCGACAGGGAGAGAUCAAGAUACAGAAUCUGAGCGUUCGUUAUGACGCCACACUGAAGCCUGUGCUCAAAAAUGUCAACGCACAUAUCAGCCCUGCUCAGAAGGUGGGGAUCUGUGGCAGGACCGGCAGCGGUAAAUCCUCUUUCUCCUUGGCCUUCUUCCGCAUGGUGGACAUGUUUGAGGGAAGGAUUGUGAUUGAUAACAUCGACAUCUCCAAGCUGCCUCUGCAAACUCUCAGAUCUCGGCUGUCCAUCAUCCUCCAAGACCCUAUCCUGUUCAGUGGCACCAUCCGGUUCAACCUGGACCCAGAGAUGAAAGCAACUGAUGAGAUGCUGUGGGAAGCGCUGGAGAUAGCUCAGCUGAAACCUGUUGUUAAAUCACUUCCAGGAGGCUUGGAUGCCAUAGUGACAGAAGGAGGAGAAAACUUCAGUCAGGGUCAGAGACAACUGUUCUGUCUGGCCAGAGCCUUCGUCAGGAAAAGCAGUAUCCUUAUCAUGGACGAAGCCACGGCAUCCAUAGACAUGGCAACGGAGAGCAUCCUGCAGAAAGUGGUGAUGACUGCUUUUGCUGAUCGAACAGUAGUUAUCAUAGCACAUCGCGUCCACACCAUUCUCAAUGCCGACCUGGUGAUCGUGAUGAAGCGGGGGAUCAUCCUUGAGUACGACAGACCCCAGGCUCUGCUGGACAAGGAGGACAGUGUCUUCGCCUCCUUUGUGCAAGCGGACAAGUAGC